AUGGCUUCUUCAGAUCAAGCAAUGUGGGUGUAUCCGAUGAUGCUGUCUUCUGGUUUCAAUCCUACCGAAAGAUGGGGGCAUUCUUCUUGCUACUAUAAUGGACUCAUUUAUGUCUUUGGGGGUUGCUGUGGAGGUAUUCACUUCAGUGAUGUUGUUGCUCUAAAUGUUCAAACAAUGGCUUGGACCACCGUUUUAACUUCAGGCGAAGGCCCCGGUCCUAGAGACAGCCACACCGCCGUUCUCGUCGGUCACAAAAUGGUGGUUUUCGGCGGCACAACCGGGUUUAAGAAGGUCAACGAUCUUCACAUUUUAGACCUCAGAUCAAAAAUUUGGACACGACCCAUUUGUGGAGGCGUUAUGCCGUCUCCAAGGGAGAGUCAUACGACUACUGUCGUUUCCGACGAUAAACUCGUUGUUUUCGGCGGUAGCGGAGAAGGCGACGCUAAUUAUUUGAAUGAUUUACAUAUUCUUGAUCUUAAUAACAUGAUAUGGAGUGUUUGUCCUACCUUAAACGGCGACGUUCCAGUUCCACGCGACAGUCAUUGUGCCGUUGCAGUUGGAACUAAGAUUUAUGUUUAUGGUGGAGAUUGCGGCGAUCGGUAUCAAGCCGACGUUAAUGUUCUUGAUAUUCAAACUUUUACUUGGUCCAAACUGGCUACACGGGGUCCAUGGCCCGGCCCUAGGGCAGGUCACGCUGCCUUUGCCAUAGGUUUCAAGAUGUAUGUUAUUGGUGGUGUUGGAAACAAAAAAUACUAUAAUGAUGUUUGGGUUCUCGACACCAAUGGCGGGUCGUGGACACGGGUUGAGAUUAGUGGUCCGCAGCCUCAAGGCCGGUUUUCACAUACUGCCGUAGUUGCCCAUAAUUCAGACAUCAUUAUUUACGGAGGAUGCGGAGAGGACGAACAUCCUUUGAGAGAAUUAGUGGUUGUCCGCAGUGUAGAUAAGAGAAAGAUGGAUGAUUUCUUAGUACGAAAUUCUAUAUAUAAUUCAAAGAGGAUGAGAAGGGUAAACAAUUCAAAAAUAGUUGAGAUCGAAUCAGAAUCAGAGCCAGAAGAGCAUUCUCUUUCACUUUCGCAGCAUUCUUCGCCGUCUCAAUCCGAUCAAGAACCGGCGAUUACGACGGUGAAGAAAACUCCCCCGCCCAGCUUUCUCCUACAUCAAAAACAGGGCACUACUCAUCACAAUUUCCUCCAUGAAACUCAGAACAAACCCAAAACCGUUCAGCAUAUUCGCGCCCGACUCGGGACUAGACUCGGUAGACACGAACCGGAUGAAAAGAAAACCCUAGAGACAGUCAAUUUUCCAACAAUGAAUGGAACCGAGGUUCGUGGGAAAAUUGACGGAUGUUUUGACUCGGGUUACCUAAUGACGGCAGUAGUGAAUGGAAGGGCUUAUAGAGGAGUAUUAUUUGCUAAUCCUACAAACCAAUUUAACGGUGAACCGGUGGUUAACUCGAGUACUCCGAACCAGAGACAAGUUUCAAGUCAAGGGAAGUCUUCUCCGGAAUGUGGUGGUGGUCAGGGCUUCAGGCAACCGUCGUCGAUGGCGGUUAGGAAUGAUCUUAAAGGAGUGGUUUUGACAUUGGGUGGUGCAUGCAGUAGCCAUGCAGAAAUAUAGUUUUUUUUUUGUAGUAACAUAUUUCAAUAGAAGUGU